ACUGAUGUGUGGCGAUCACGUGACAUUAGUUGCGAAACAAUUUGUUUCAAACAAUCGUUUACCAAACGUGAAAUUAAAUAGAGCUACAUUUUUAAACAGAGCUACGAUUUUUCGCUACAAUGUGCAGUUCUUUUCUCUGUUCUCCCUAAGUACAAAUUUCUAUUCCUUUACGUAAUCUCUAGAUGAAGUUUAAUUGUAAUUCACGUUGCGUACGAGAGAGGUUAUGUAUGUCGAAACUUUCGCUAAGAAAGUCGUAAAGACAUUUGAUUGAAAUACGUAUGCACACGUAAAAUAUGGAUACAGGAAACUCGGCGUCCAACGGUGAUGUACAAACUCCUCCACGCGCUAGAAAUACCCGUGGAUCACGUCAGAAAGGAGUGGACAGUGUGACGAAAAAGUUUCUGCGAAAUUUCGACCCGGAGCACAGCGAAAGAGAGAAGCGGAAACUUCACAGACGAUUGUAUCAAGGCUACAAGAGACACUCUUUGUACGACGAGAAUGGCAUUUACAUCCAAACAGGGGAUGAUCUGUGUGACUGUUUAAAUAUGAGCUGCGCGGGAUGUCACUUUCCAUGCGUGAAAUGUUCCUCGCCAAAAUGCGGCCACGAGUGCAGGAAUAAUCGCAAAUGGACAUACGAGUCCAUAGAGAAUGAAGGCAGUGACGGCAGUGCCAUCAUAAAGAACAAGCUGUUGAAGGAAUCUUGAACAUUGAGAUCCAUUAAUCGAUUGCAAUGUAACCGAAUUAUAAAAAUUUAAUGGCUGUGCUGUACGAGGAGCUUUGUUACGAAAUUCACCAUAAAAUUGUGUAUUCCAUCGAUCUUAUUUAACUUAUUAUACAUAUUGAAACUAGAAUAAUCAUAAGAUGAGAAACUAUA